UUGCGCCAUUGCCUGAUCCUAUCACAGCCUCAAACCUCUUCUCGGCUUCCAGCCUCGAGACAGAGACAGCCAUGGCGGAGCCCGGCAAAGAAACUGCUGCUACACCCCCUCCACUGCCGCAAGAAACGGUUCCCCAUGCGCUGGCCGGCGCCGCCGUGGCGGAGCCCAACUUGAAAUUUGACACGCCGUUUUCAGCCUCACAAGACACCGAAACCGCCGGCGGCGGUGCUGCCACACUCGACUCCGCUCUGCCUAAAGCAGAGUCGGCCCACCGGCCUCCGCCGCCGCCGCAAGAGACCGUAGCCAUGGCUGCGGUUGGCGCGCCGGAGCAAACCACGACGGAGGCAGACGCUCAGCAACCUGUGGCAACCAUGCCACAGAAAGCUGCCGCAUUGCCUCCGCCAGCUGAGACACCCGCGCAAGAGAGUGCGGCGCCGGCCGCACCUACGCCGCCGCCACAGAAGCAAGAAAGCGGCGUUCCGGAACGAGCCUCCUCGGUCCACGAGGAGGAGAAGGACGUGGAAAAGGCAAGAGAGGAGAAAGGAGAAGAGAAGCCCGCGCGUCGUCGGUGGCGAUGCCUCCGCGCCGCCGUGUGCUUGCUGUUCCUCCGACCCAAAAGCGAAGAGACGAAGCCGGCGACACCGCCGGGAGACAAGCAGCCGGCGUUAGGGCUGGAAGAGAAGAAGCCGACGCCAGGGGAGAUGGCGCCGCCGCCCCAGAAGGACGGCGGCAGCGCUGUCCGUGUUCCGUCCAAGCCUGAAGCGGGGAAGCGCGAAGGCGAGACGAAGCCGGCGGCACUGGACGGCAAGCGGCCGGAGCCAGGGCAGGAGCAAGGGGCCACAUUGCCUCCGCCAGCUAAGACAUCGUCAGAGCAGACGACGGCGACGGCGGCUGAGGCUGGGGGGGCUGAGAAGCAACGCGCUGCACCAGCACCACAGCAGCCACCGCGGAAGCAAGAAGGCGGCGCUCCGGAACAAGCCCCCUCGGUCCAGGAGGGAGAAGAGAACCCAGCGCGUCGUCGGUGGCGAUGGCUCCAGGCUGCCGUGGGCUUGCUAUUCCUCCGCCCCACAGGCGGCGGAGCCGGAGAGACGAAGCAGCCGGUGUCAAAGAUGGAGGAUAAGAAGCCGACGCCGGGGGAGAUGCCGCUGCCGGUGGACAGCGCUGGCAAGCCUGCAGUGAAGAAGGGCGACAGCGACAUGACGCCGCCGGCGCAGGAUGGAAAGAAGCCGGCGUCCGGGCAGCAACAGCAGAAGAAGCCGAGCCGGAAGCACAGCGCUGGCGCUGCAAGGAAGGAGAAAGACCAAGGCGAACAGAGCAAGGGCCGCCGUGAUGAAACCCAAGCGGGGAAGACAACACCACAGCUCGAAGGGGAGCACCCUUCGCUGAAGAAGUUUCGGAUUGUGGCCACGCUGGUUCAGUUCGCCAUGUCCUUGUACAAAAAGCACCAGCGCCCCCAGUCCCAGUCCCAGUCCCAGUCCCAGGAGGAGGAGAAGCCAGAAACGCCUUCCGGUCCGGGUGGGAAGGAAGACGGCGAGGCGAAGACGGAGGAGAAGCAGCUGGCUUCAGUGCUGGAGGACGAGAAGAAGACGCAGCAUCGGCAGCGGCACCAUCCGAAUUGGCGGCGAGAGGAAGUGCGCCUGGAGCACAUCCUCGAGGAAGCCUUCACAAGGCUUCUUGCGACGGAGUACAACAAGGUGCUGAGCGGCGUGAGGCAGAAGUGCCUCCUUACCUUCUCCGUCUUCGAGCUCGCCUCCGAGGUGAAGAAGCAGGCCAUGAUCUAUUGGUGGGUGGCGGAGUUCCACCUACGGCACCGGAGCGAUCCACCACCGCCUGCAGCGCGGGCUCCUCCUCCUCCUCCUGCUGCUGCUGCUGCAGGUGGCGGCGGAAGAAGUGAUUCGCCGGCGGCGGCGGCGCAGGGUAAAGGCGCAGUCGUCGCUGACAGCAGGGGUGAUGACGCCGAAAGCAUCUUCUUCAUGCUUUCUGAUCACGGCUUCCUGGUGCCGAUAAAGAACUGGUGCAGCAAGGUGAUCCAUGGCUGCCAGGUGAACCCCCUGGUGCACUGGAUGCUGAAGCGCCAGGCGAGGGGCGAUCGCUUCGCCGAGCUGGACGACAAGGGCAGCCCCGCGGACCUGCAACUCAACUCCAGCAUCCUUUGCCUGACAUCAGGCAAUCGUCCCGUGCUGCAGAAGAUGCGCAUGGAAGAUGAGUCACAGCCACAGCCACAGCCACAACAACAGACCAGGAAGAAAGAUGAGCCACGGCCGCAGUCACAGGCCGGGAGAAAAAGCAAGAAGAGCAAGAGCAACAAGGUCGAGGACCAGCAGCAACCGACGACGACGAAAGAUGAGGCACAGGUCGGGAGCAGCAAAUCCAUGGCAGCAGCAGAUAACGCAGCUUCCCACAAGGACGAAGACACAACCCAAGCUAAGGACACUAAGGGAGCACAAAACAUCAAGCCCAGCCCUGAUCAGCUCGAACAUGCUAAUGAGAUUCCACCAUUAUUUAAAGGGAAGCGAGUGAUCCUCAACGUGAAUGCACAUGUGUACCCCAUAUCCAAGUCGGCAUUCUUGAACCUUGCCGAAUGCUUGGUUGUGCUGCAGCUUGGCCGGUGGAAUAAUCUUGACGACAAGACAUACAUGGAGGUGAAUGGACUGGAGUCACAGGAUGCCAUCGGCAAGCUCAAGAACCUCCGAUACCUUGGUCUCCGUGGGCUAUCACGGCUAACGGAGCUCCCAAAAGGUAUCGAGAGCCUUAAGAAACUUGUAAUCCUAGACAUGCGAGGCUGCCAGAACCUAGUCAAAGUGGUGUCAAGUGUCAUCAAGCAAUUGAGACAGCUUACCCAUUUGGAUCUCACUGAGUGCUACAUGUUGGAGCACAUUGGCCAAGGAAUCACAUCCCUCACAGAGUUGCAGGUGUUCAAGGGCUUCGUGUUCGCAACUGGAACACAAGGGAAGAACAAGGCAUGCCGAAUACAAGACCUCAAAAAGUUGAAGAAGCUCCAGAAGCUCACUGUUAGCAUCACCACUGAUGCUAAUGUAGGCAAGGGUGAGAUGGCAGAACUUAAGUACCUCACUAGCCUUCGGAAACUCACAAUUACAUGGAGUGAGAUACCAAGCAUACUGGAGGGUGACAGUGAAAAGGUGAAGAAAAAGCGAGAGGAACUUGUUGAGAGAUGGACCAGCUUUCAGUUGCCAAAAGACCUCAUGAAAUUGGACAUUCGGUGCUACCCCAAGGGGGAGCUAAAACUUGAAAGGCAUGAGAAGCUCGAGAAGCUCUACUUGAGAGGUGGAGACAUGCAAAGGUUUUCCGCAAACAAGUCAGCCUCCAUCAAGACAUUACGUCUGAGGUAUCUCAAGAAGUUCACAAUGGAAUGGCAGGAUAUCUGCUCAGAAUUGAAGAAUAUUGAAUAUGUGGAAAUUGUGCUUAAUAAUCAGGAUGCAAUGCGAGGAAAGGAUAAGAGUGAGCUUGUUACGAAGGAUGCAGAGGAUAAAGAGGUCAAGCGUAUUUAUAAGGAUGUGAUGAAGAUACCGGAUUUUACAUUGGAUGGACAUGGGGUAUGGACUAAGGAUCAGAAGGAAGAGGAUAACAAACAAAAGUUCCUUGCAUCAAACAAAGAUGCCAUGGAAAAGAACAAAGCAUCUGGACCAUCAGAACCAGCUGAAGACUCCAGUACUAAAGAUGCUAGCUCCAUCACAAGUGGUAAUAAGGAUGGAGACAAAGCUGCUACCAAAGAACAAGCAGCCAAAGAAGAAUGAGUAGCAACCCAGGAGGUGCCGUGAUAUAUAGUUGAAGAUAGAUCCAAUUUCCAUUAACUAGAGAGUGUGGUCGAGCUGGCACAGGUAAAGCAAAACCGUGCUAGCUAUGUCAUAUUGAAGCAUCAGCAAUGAAUGUAUCUGUACAUUAUUUUAGUUCAAGCUAAUAUAUGCGGCCAGAUAAUGUAGACAUUUAUAACUAUAAUAAGGGUAGAGAGGUGGUUUCAAAUGCAGGCAGGCAUGCAGCACAUAUGAGAUGUCCAAACCGUUAGGGGCUUCAAGAUGUAACGUUCUGUAUAUGAGACAAAGGCCAUGUUUGGAUACUCUAGGAAGUUAGAGUUAGUUUCUAGCCUAGGACUAGUUCUAAACUAGCUCUAGCUGAAGACGUAUUUGGAUGUAAGGGUUAGAAUAAAAAUAAAUGUGGCGGAUCGGUACGGCAGUGGAUCGGUGCGGCGGAUCGAUCGCUAGAGAAGAGGAUAAGCUCGAUCCCGUGUGGCCCGAGUUGGACAAAAAAGAAUUGAUAUGGCCCAAGCAGAACUAGCCUAAAUAAUCAUCCCUUUAGAGGGAUAGGUUCUUUUUGGUGGACUAGUUGAAAAAAACUAGCUCUAGGCCUCCUGUUUAGUUAUUUUUGGGUUAGUUGAACGUAAACUAGUGCAAUCCUGAAUAACAGUGUACUCUUUUUGUCCGAUAUAAAUAAUACAAUUUUAACAUUUUGCCAUUAUCCAACAAAGAAUGCAAUC